AUGGAAGGAUUCAAAAUUAUUAAACUUCUAGGAGAAGGAGCCUUUGGGAAGUGCUAUCUCUGCGAAAAUAACUCAGACAAAUCCACAUGUGUAAUCAAACAAAUCGACAUUUCUCGCAUGUCAAGCCAAGAAAAAAAAGAAGCCUAUCAUGAAGCCAAAGUAAUGUCAGCUUUUGACCAUCCCAAUAUCAUUAGGUUCAGGGACGUCUACACCACAACAAACGGAAAAUUAAACAUCGUCAUGGACCAUGCAGAUGGAGGCGAUUUGGCUACAAAAAUAAAAGAACAGCGGGGCAGACCAUUUAAUGAAAAUCAAAUUUUAGAUUGAUUUGUACAAAUUUGCCUUGCAAUGAAGCACGUCCACGAUAGAAAAAUUUUGCAUAGAGAUAUCAAAGGACAGAACAUUUUUUUGAUGAAAGAAAGAAAUAUGAUCAAACUUGGCGAUUUUGGGAUCGCAAAAGUUUUGAAUCAUACCAUUGAUAAAGCCAGGACACAAGUAGGGACUCCUUAUUAUUUGUCACCUGAAAUUAUAGAAAAUAGGCCAUAUAGCUUUAAAAGUGAUGUAUGGUCUAUUGGAGUUUUAUUGUAUGAAUUGUGCGCACUUAGGCCGCCAUUUGAUGGAAAUUCGAUACAUCAGUUGUCGUGCAAUAUUGUUAGAGGAAUUUAUACCCCGCUUUCUAAUAACUUUUCGAAAGAUUUGAAGAAUUUAAUUGGACAAAUGCUGUCUUUAGAUCCGAAUAAAAGGCCAAAUAUAGCGCAGAUUUUGAAAAUGCCGUUUGUGAGGAAUAGAGUGCAGAAUUUUUUGAGUGAGACUAUAAGGAAAAAGGAGUUUUCUCAUACAAUUUUGCAUAAUCAAAAUGUUUUUGUGCAGAAAAAUGAAGAAGCAUUAAAAAAAGCAAGGGAAAUUCCAAAGGAAAAGCCAAAAGAAAUAAAAAAGGAAAUUUUGGAAAGGAACAGAGAUUUACCAUAUGCGAGAGAAAUUCCGAAAAAUGACUAUAAAUAUGAGAUUCCGCAAAAAAUUCAAGAAGAAAGGCAAAAAAACUAUGAGAUUCCUCAAAAACUGCAAGAAGAAAAGCCAAAACUCUAUGAAAUCCCACAAAGAAAUCCUGAUCCUAAAGGCUAUGAGCCUAAAGCCUAUGAGGUUCCUAAAAGAAAUCCUGAUCCAAAACCUUAUGAAAUUCCUGUAAGAAACCCAGAUCCAAAACUUUUUGAAAUACCCCAGCGAAAUCUUGACAUUCAGCCGAAACCAUUCGAAAUCCCUGCUAGGAAUGAAAAAAAGCCUGAAGCAAAAAUCCCUGAAAUCCCUGCAUGAAAACCUAAAGAUAAACCUCCAGAAAACAAAAAAAAUGCUCUCCCUGAUAUCCCUCCUUGAAAACCCCAAGCUCUUGCUGAAAUCCCCCCUUACAAGCCUCCAGUCCCCAAAGCUCAAUCUCCUCUUAACAAGCAUCUAGAAGACGAGUUUAAGCCAGUCCAAAAACAAAGAAAUGACCCAGCAGGGCUUGGACUAAUUCAAUGGGACAAACCAGAAGACAAAAAGCAAAAUAAUUUAAAAAAGAAAAUCGAUGAUAUGAAAAUUAAAAUGAAAGAAGAACAAGACAAAAGAGACGAAGAAGAAGCUAAAAAGCAGGCUGCAUUAAAAGCAAAAGAAGAAAAACACAAAAAGCAUUCAGAAGAAAGAAAUGAAAUGAGAAAAGAUAUGCCUGCUCACAAUAAAUAAAAAUUAUAUAAAAAUAGGGAAAUUUAUUAUAUAUUUAUUAUAAAUAGGUAUAUACCCAAAAUAAAAAAAAUAUGAUGAUUUUUGUUUUAAAAAAAUUUUAAAAGAAUUUAUAGAGAAAUGGUAUAUGGAGAGAGACGGAAAAAAGAAAUGAAAAAGAAAAAAAAGAAAAAAGAGGAUGUAGUUGUAGAAUGACUAGGAAAUGGCAGCUCACGACAGUUGUAUACAGAAGAACAAGACCAAGACAGAAUGCUCCAUGAGCUGCAAGAUAUAGCUGAUGGAAAUAUCCCUGAUGAUAUAGAAGAUGAAAUAAUGCCUUCAAUUGAAGAAAUCGAAGAAGAAAAAGACGAAGACGUGGUAGACAGAAUAGACGAUCUUGAAAACCAAGCUGUCCCACCUAUAGAAAAAAUAGAAAUUCCUGUUGAAAAUAAUGUAGUUUCGAUUACUAUAGAAAGUUUUCCAAAAUUUUAUGAUAAUAAGCUGACACCUGCUGAAACUUUGGAGCUCUUAAGAGGGUAUUUAGAGGAAGAGCUUGGCAUGGAAUCUUUAAUGAAAACAUACCAAACACAAAAAACAAUAGAAAAAAGAGCCCAAGAAAACCUAUGGAGCGAUGAAGACCCAUUUGAAGCUGCUGCAUUACAAAGAGGAAAAUCCCAUGACAUAGGCUAUAAAUUGGUAGAAACUUUGAUAUUUUUGGAAGAAAAUAUUGAUAAAAUUCAAUAA